CAGACCUUAUUGUGUGUUUUAAGAGAAAUACAUCAACAAUUUUUUUUUCGAUCGUUCCCAUGUAUAGUGAGGCCGUCACCACAGCCACUGGUUUUGAUGCACUUAUAUGCAAAUAAGGCAGGUGCAUGCACAUUACUACUACUGGUUGGCAAAAUUGCUUAAAAUCUAUGACGUAACAAUACAAAUCUCCAUGCACGCGCAACUACAAGCACACACACGCCGUUCUGCACUAGUUUAGUUUGACAUGAGUGCCAAACUUAAAGACAAGGAUUUGUUACUUUCCAACUUCAGGACACUUGAAACUUGACUUAGUUUCGAGGAUAGCGUGCUGAAGUAUCGGACAGAGGCUGUAAUACGGUUUGCAUUGACCUUCAACGCUCGGAGUUAUGGUUACAGCAGCCCUCCUGCACAUACACUGCCGACAGUGUUGACGGCCUCGCUUGCCAACCAGUGGUAGCAGCGCGCAUGCGCCUGCAAUUUGCAUAUAUUCAUGGCAGGUCAUUGAGUUGACAGUGAAAAAAUCUUGAAAUUAGUGGUGAUGACUCUUUAACUGAAGCAUGUUCAUAACGCAACACCACCUCUCUUCAGUUUACUUUAUGCAUUCGACUUGAUACAUGCAACUGCAGCAAGUCGUCAUUCACGUUAAGAUGUCUCACACAGGAUUGGUUCUCCUGAGUAUUUUAACAGUGGUUUGUCUGCAAGUAACCGAAGGGUGCGUUUGCUAUGCGGGUCAGACAGUGGACCCAAGCUCUACUAGUUCAUUCAAACCGUGGGUGCUGCUCUACCGCGACCCUUGUGGUUGUACCAGCCUUGUACCGGGCGGCUUUAACGCUCAGCGCUCCCCGCCGGUUUGGAGACACUCUGCAGUCACAAAUCCACCAGGAUUCACCUUCUCGUCGGAAGGAGACAGGGCCAGCGUGAAGUUGAGUCUUGGGUGCACAGACGGCGUCACGCCGUACACCGAAGCGCCCGCGGCUACUGAUGUGCAGGCGAUUCAGGGUAUCAAAUCCACCCCGAUUAAUCUCGACAUUGACACCGAGUCUACUCCGCAUACGGCGACCGAGUCGACCCAGCAACAUGGUGAUGCGACCGGGUCAACGAGUCCCAAUUCUGCAGAUCGUGUUGACAGCAGUUACCGAGAUGACAACGAAUGAAGGAAUCGAGUCUAAUGCCAACGCUGCGACUUCUGCAUUAGUGGGUAUAAGUGAACCACCUCUGUUCCCAGAAACGCCGUGCGACUUCUGGGGGUACCACACGACAGACAACAACUACGUGUACGUGUUUCCAUUCCCUGCAUUUGACCCGGCCAAGGAGUUGUAUGUCAGGUUUGGGGUCCGCACGGGGAUGUCGGCUUUGUUGGCACUAACGUUGAACAAUCAAAAUCCGACAAGAUACGAGGAUGCGUUAUAUGAAAUUGUUAUCGACUACCGAUACUCAGAAACCAGCGGAAUACGCCGGUGCAAAGAUUGUCAGAAUGUCGUCUCCGUGAUGGAUGCCGCAAACCGGUUGGACGACGACGUGUACAAGUACUUCUGGCUGCGGUACAAGACGGGUUUCAUCCAGGUCGGCCGUCGAGGCGAAGCCCAGGCUUUCCUGGCAUGGCAGGACGGAGCUCCGCUGAGCGUGCGGUACUUGGGCCUGGCGUCCAACGGAUGGAGAAGCAACUGGAGAAUCUGCGAGAAUAUGGCUGUCAUGCACUGAGGCUUCACGCUCGCAUUGUAUAUUCGCUAAGAGCUGAUGAAUUAUUCCAAUAAAGAAACGAGUUACAUGAACACAUUUUUAGAUGAAGGAUAAUUUAAUAUAGAACAUGUCAAGUAUAAGCUUUAGUUUCGCACACAGAGGUUGAAAAUAUGUAUUUUUCAUCAAGAAUUCUUAGACUGAACUUAAAUAAAAUACUUUGACCAGCGUCUCUUUGAACCUUAUACGAUAGGCUUCACAGAGAAAAAAUAUUGUCAACAUACCGGUAGCUCAAAUACACGGUGCAAUUGUAGUCUUGGUAUUACUUAAUGCGCAAGUUCCAUCGCAGUUGCUGGGACAUUAUCUUUCAACUCUAAAUGAUCUCCAUCAAUCCUUUAAACCGUUGAUGGACUACAGCAAGCAAGACAUUAGAUACACAUGGCUGUGCAGGGAAUACUUCAUGAAUAAAUUACCACUCCAUUCCUGAGACUGAAGGACAUGUAUAAUAUACACGAAGAAUUUUCUGACGUCACUUCAUAUUUAGGACAGCAGCAUCAUUUAUCUGUUCGGGUAUAAAUGCACCAUUUCUGUCAUUGGGAAGAUGGGAAUUGUCUAGCUUAUCCCAAACGUGUUGACGGACAAAAUGAGGUAAUGAAUUUAAGCUGACACUCGAAUAUCAUUUUGGUAAUAAGAAAUGGCUUAGAUACGUGAGGCCGAAAGAUGAACAGAAGAAAUGAUACGUACAUGUACGUGCGUACGCAACAAAUUAAACUUCAUUGUCUGGACUAACCAUACCAAUUGCCCGUUUUCUGUCAGGAAUUUGUCAGCCGUACUGCCCCUUUUCAGAUUGUGAUAAUGUGCAUUUCUAUUGUCGUUUGAGCAGUGUAGUUUGAGCGCUUAAUGUUUUUGCAUUGUUGAAACCGAGAUACAUAUAAAAACGCUUCGUGCAAGUCUUUGGCUUGUUAUAUAGAACAUUUCUUUUUCUCUUUCAGACCCGUUCCUCGUUUGUUUUCAGUAAACAGAAAGUGGGGUCUCAUUUGUCUUUGGACUGAUUAAUGAGGAAUUCCCAACCACAGAGUUUAAGCCGUGCCUCGGACUGACCCCCUUCUGUCCCAGAGGGCGAGAUUAUUCCUCAGAGGCAGAAGGGUCCGCCAACCAAUGAGUUCUCGAGACGGGACCCCAGACUUUGCCGGACUAUACAUGGUGCAUGCAACAACAGGCAGUGGAUCGGGGUUGAUUUCUCAUGAAUGCUGUUUCAUGUAGAAAGCAUGGAACUGCCAUAUUGGAGACCACAAGAUUUUUAAGAUCUUUGCUGCAAAGAUGCUAAUUUGCGAACCAGACUUAACUACAGGUCGCCAGCGCCACUACAGUGCAAAACCUACGGUGUUUACAUUCAUACUUAUUUCAUCUCAGGGAGCCAUACAAGACGCAUACAGACGGCAUUCAGUAGAAUUGAUGAAGAUUGAAAAUGACGUAGUAAUACAUGUAUAUGGGGCUGGCAGGAGGUGCAAUGGACCAGCUAAAAGCACACCUUGUCGAGUGCAGGUUCCCUGAACAUACAACAUACCGAUCACAACAGGAACAAUAAUGAACACCUGAUACCUAACAGGCGUGGCUUGAGACGAGCAUGAUGUCUGGCCAUGGUGGUCGCCCACCUAGCUGACCAACAUUUCUUUGGUGUCAGCUUGUACAUCCUCCAUCAGGAUCUUGACCAUCGUCUUCGCUGGUCUCGCCUGGGACGGCUUACUGUGUGAGGGCUCCCAAAGGACGACCAAUAAGGACUCCUUGGGUGUUAAAUUAACACAGCAUUGGCAGGGAAGCUUGAACAACUCUUCACUUGAAGGAGUUUUUUUCACUCAGUAAACGCAAGCCCGACGUCUAUAUUUGGGAAUUCUGUGUUUAAUACAGUAAUGAACUCGCAUAUCGGGGACUUUAAAUGCCAAAUAUGCCUUCAUCUCUGGCUCUACCACGUCACGUCUGAUUCGAUUAAAAAUCCCCAACGCCCACCAGUAGCCAUUUAAGAAACACUAAGUUGAGGAAAAACUAAAGAAAAAAAGACUAUGUACUUUUUAAACUGUAAAUAUGCGGACUUAAAAUUUGCCCGUAAAAACGUUUGCAAUAAAAGGAUAAAUGCUGGUGCAAAAUUUAUGAGACUCCUCAAAAUCGGAGGCUGUCAUUUAGCACGAGAGGCUAUAUUGUGCACCCUGACUAAUAUAUGACACUAUACUCAAAGAUUGAAGACAUUCAGGGGUAACACAAAGAAAUUUUUCUUCAAAACCGAGAAUAUGAUUUCCUUUACUCAUCACGGAUGUGAAAGGUUUUGUACACAGGCAAUUCUAAUCACAUACUGGUCCAAGUAGCGUUUUGGAUGGUGUUCAGGGGCUAAGCAGUGGUGAUGGUUCUGCAGACGGCGCUAUCAGUCGUUUUACUGCAAGGGGUGCACCUCCGUAAAUAAUUUCUUAUAAACACCAGUGAUAAAUCCUUUUAAACAUACAUGUACUCACAACUAUCACAGGUGCUCAGGCUGCACAGAAAAAUGAUGAUCAACAUGUCAUCCAUUUUCCUUUCAUUUAAUCGAAUAAAUAGUACCGCUUUCAGACUGCAUCCAAAUUGCUCAGAAUUGGAAGCCCUAUGUCCAGGCAACAGGUUCGGUGCAAUAUCUCUUCAAUUCCCCAAAUUUAUGGCUUUAACAACCCUCUAAUGUAAAAUAUUUUGAGUGUAUACCUUUUAUUAAUGAGGGGCGGACAGAUUUUGGGCUUACUUACAGGGGUGUACCCCUAGAGGUCCUCUAGUACGAGGGACAAGGUGGCCGAUUGGCAAUACAUGUACCACACGGCCUAUAUUUGAAGGUGUACCCCUAGAGGGCCUCUAGCAAAAGGGACAAGGUGGCCGCUUGGCAAUACAUGUACCACACGGCCUAUAUUUGAAGGUGUACCCCUAGAGGGCCUCUAGCAAAAGGGACAAGGUGGCCGCUUGGCAAUACAUGUACCACACGGCCUAUAUUUGAAGGUGUACCCCUAGAGGGCCUCUAGCAAAAGGGACAAGGUGGCCGCUUAGCAAUACAUGUACCACACGGCCUAUAUUUGAAGGUGUACCCCAAGAGGGCCUCCAGCAUGAGGGACAAGAUGGCCACUUGGCUAUACCACGCGGCCUAUUUACGGGGGUGUACCCCUAGAGGGCCUUUAGCA